AUGGAUUAGCCCGCUCUUUUUCUAGUUGAAGCAGAUGAAAAACUUCAAUCUAAAUUUAAUUCUCUACCUAACGAUUAAAUGACUUACAACUUACUUUCUUCAUUCAUAGUUGGGUAUAUCUUCGCAUUGAGACCAAAUAAAGAUUUAGAUGAUUUUGACUUUAUCCUCAACACUAUCACUAAUUUAUUAGAAGUAAAAUAAAAUAAGAAGUUGACCUUUUCAUAGUUCAUUCUCGUUAUGGAAUAAAUAAUUAUCAAGCAUUCUUAAAAUAUAUAGGAAAUAGUCAUAUAAGAAUCAAAUAAAUUUUGUGAAGCACAAUAGAGCAAAAAAAGUCCGAUUUAAAUAGGCUCAUUUUAAGAGGAAAUAGAAAAGGUUUAAUAAUUUUUUGCUGAAGAUAAAGAUUUGUACAAUAAUAAUAAUAAUAGUAAUAACGGCAACAAUAACUCUCAAGUACCUCUGUCUGACCAAUAUAAAUUUGAUUAGCAGAACUCUGAAGUUGAUUCAUAAUAAUUUGUAGUUAAGAGGGUUGAUUAAAGGAGACUAAGCCUGAUUUCAAGGAUAUACCAAAAGUAAAUGCAAGAAAUUAAAGAAGAAACUGAUGACGAACUCGGUUUACUUAACGAAGUGAGUAGUCAAUCAUAAAAAGAGUUUAGUAAUUAUAAAAUUGGAAAUUGUGAUAUCUGCUAACAAGAUAUUAAAUUAAAUUAAUACUAGCCUCUUAGUUGUCUACACAAUUUCCAUAGAGACUGCUUGGCAGAUAAAAUCAUUAAUCAAUUUGAAAUAGAAAAAUAUAACACAAUCAGAUGCUAUGUCGGAACUUGCAACAAGGAAAUUAGCGAUUAAGAAAUUCAAGAAACUUUGCCAUAAAAUAAAUUUUAAAGCUACUUAGAUUUUAAAUUCGAUGAAUUCCGUGUUGAAAAUAAUAUUAUUUAUUGCCCUUCUUAAGAUUGUAAUAUGCGAUAUUUAAAAGAAGAUGGUGAUGUUAUGUUUUCUUGUAGUUGCUGUAAAUAGUCCUAUUGUCUUAACUGCAAAUGCAAAUGGCAUCCAAACCUUUCUUGUGCUUAAUAUUAAAACAUUCACUCAAAAUAUCAAGAAACAGAUACAGUAAAAAAUUAAAUAUUAUCAUUUUAUUAUAAUAAGCAAAAUUAUACGAAAUUUCAUAUUAUUAAAAGGAUUGUAAAAUACCUUUUAAAACAAUAAAAAUGCAAAGAUAGAAAAUAUAUAUCCUUUAUUUAUUAAUUUAAGUUAGUUUAAACAUUUAAAUUUGUAUAUUUAAUAAAUAAACUAUAAUUAUAUUAAAGAAAAAUUUAUAAAAUAGUUAAGCAAUAUGAUCAGCUACUAGAGCUACUGCCAUUUGCAUUCUUAAAUUGA